AUGGACCGGAAGGAGCACAAGGACAUAAAUGAGGUCUACAACGAGGCGGUUGCCCUUUUUGAUGACCACCCUGAUUUGCUCGAGGAGUUCAAGAGGUUCUUUCCCAAGAACCCACCAACAACUGUAGCUCCUAAUGUUACAUCUAACCGGAAUUUGAUUCAACGGCCUGGUGAGCGGAAUCUGCAAAAUUGGCAUCUCGUCCACUGCUUGUGGACAAGGACUACUGGCUCUCAUGCUGAUCGGGAUGAUAGUGAUGAUGAUAAAGCAUCGCUGAAAGUGCAGAAGGAUCAAAGGAAGCAUCCUGAGAAGGAUAUUAAUCUUAAUAAGAGAACUGUCGAAGUGGACGAUAGAGAGUCUAAGCAUGACAAUCGGGAUUUUAACUCGCACCGCAUACAUGAAAAGGGAAAAUUCACUAGAAAGGUUGAACUGCUGCUUGCCUGCAUGCAUAUAUAUGCCUCUGUAUUCUAUACAUGGUUGCUCCUUCGAGAGCAUCUCUACGGUAAUAAUUGUCUCGUCAAAUGUGACAUAUUUAUUGAUUCUUUUUUUCGGUGAACAUGUUUGUUUUACUGAUUUAUUUAUUUCUGGAAA